AAACAUGGCCAUGAAGGAAACUGGACUUGCGGACUACAGGGCUGCUUCCGAACAUUUCCCCUCUAUGUGUCGCACAGAAAACAUGUUACUCGUAACCAUGCCAUGUUGCUCAAAGAUGAUGCUACUGCGGCUCCCAAUGAACCCGAUGGUGCCAGGAGCAAUCCACACCUGAUCCUGGCAGACGUCAAGGACAACGAGGAAUCUUGCAAUGAACAACACAUGCAAGACGAUGGGGACCUAGUAAAACCGCUUUCACUACUCUUCCUAAAAUGGAAAGAGAGAAGACGGCUUCCUGAAUCCACAAUGAACGAAAUUGCAAACGACAUUAUAUUUUAUCUUGAAAGAUUUGCCGAGCAUUGCAAGCUGCCAAUAUCUGAUCUGAAUACGCUACUGCAGCAAAAGUCCCAGACCUUGGUUGAUUUGGAGCAACUCCAAACUAGGAGUGGCCGGAAUCGCCACUGGAAAGAACGUUUUUCAUUUGUGCAGCCGGAGACUGUGGUUCUGGCGACGGAUAAAGAUGGAAAGGUCGACACCUUUCAAUAUGUUUCUGUGUGCGAAAUGCUGAAGUGUACCCUUGAAAACCCCAGUGUGUGGAAUGAUUUUUACAAUCAGCCUGUGGAGGAAGGUUACUUGACCACUGUUUUCAAUGGAACUGCCUACCGUGAUCACAAAUUCUUUCAAUGUGACAGAAAGAAAAUCUGUGUACAACUAUACAGCGACGAGUUUGAGGUGUGUAACCCACUUGGGAAAAAAAGGGGCAAGCAUAAACUGACCGCUGUUUACUACUCGAUUCUAAACUUUCGCCAAAAGUUAAGAUCUCGCUUGUCUGGAAUACAUUUUGCACUGCGGGUGCAUGACAAGUUUGUAGCGUCGUAUGGCCUGCACAGAAUAUUUGCUCCACUUGUAAGAGACAUAUCACAACUCAAGAAAAAAGGCAUUUGUAGAAAUGGCGAGGUGCUCUAUGGCUCGGUUCUUGCAAUGACUGGAGACAACCUCUCCAGUCACAGACUUGGAGGGUUUAAAUGUAGUUUCAGUCAUGGUUGA